CUGUACCUCAGUUCAGACUGCUAAUUCUUUUCCUCUCCUCAUCGUUAGGAAGCACAAGCCAAUAUGGGGCGCCGACCAGCUAGAUGCUAUCGGUAUUGCAAGAACAAACCUUACCCGAAAUCAAGAUUUUGUCGUGGUGUGCCUGACCCGAAAAUUCGUAUUUUUGAUCUUGGAAAGAAGAAAGCCUCUGUAGAGGAUUUUCCAUUAUGCGUGCACUUAGUGUCCGAUGAAUAUGAACAGCUCAGUUCUGAAGCUCUUGAAGCUGGACGUAUCUGUGCGAAUAAGUAUAUGGUCAAAAAUGCUGGAAAAGAUCAAUUCCAUAUUCGUAUGAGACUUCAUCCAUUCCACGUUAUUCGCAUCAACAAAAUGUUAUCAUGUGCUGGAGCUGAUAGGCUCCAAACUGGAAUGAGAGGAGCUUUUGGUAAGCCACAAGGUACAGUAGCUAGAGUACACAUUGGACAACCUAUAAUGAGUGUACGUUCAUCGGACCGUCAUAAGGCUGCUGUUAUCGAAGCAUUGCGUCGUGCGAAGUUCAAGUUCCCCGGCCGUCAAAAGAUUUAUGUUUCCAAAAAAUGGGGAUUCACUAAAUACGACCGAGCUGAAUACGAGGAAUGGAAAUUAGCUGGUCGCCUUGCUCCAGAUGGUUGCAACGUCAAGUAUUUGCCUGAACACGGUCCUCUUGAUGAUUGGAAGAAAUUCAGAAGAAUUCUUGCUACCGCUUAAGCAACAAUUCAGCUUUUGGUCUUCAUUUUGAUUAAACCAAUUUAAAACAGA